AUGGGCCAUUUUGCAAAAAACUGUAGAUCAAGGAUUUACACCAACGGCCGGUCAAAAAAUGACAAAAGAAGAACUAAGAAAUAUGUGACAUACAGCCCUAGCAAGCUCUUUGCGGGAACAAUACGGGAGCCGCAGACCAGUCCAGAAAAGAGCCCUGAGGGAAUGUUACGACAACCCUUUGAAGGAAUGUUAUGGCAACUGCAGGUUAACCAUCAGCAAAAGCAGCCAGAACAGCUAGGGUGGAUGUAUCCAACAUCAUCAGAACAAUGGAUAUAUCCACCGCCGACUUGUGCAACACUGUGUGAGAUCCAGAGAGAGGUUCCACAUGAACCUUUUCCAGAGAAGAAGAAGGAGCUAUUUAAAUGGACAAGAUUGCCUGGACAGACUUGCCGCAUACCGAACAAGCAUCUGUUUUCACUGCGAGGUGGAGACAUGGGCUGUUUCUGCAUUCGUUUCUCUCACGAUGGGAAAACACUGGCAGCAGCAUGUGCAGGAAGGAAUGGCUAUCCCAUUGUUUUGUAUGAAAUUCCUUCUGGACAGUUCCUGAGAGAGUUUUAUGGUCACCUUAACAUAGUGUAUGAUCUUUGUUGGUCAAAAGAUGAUCGAUACCUUCUUACUGCGUCCUCUGAUGGCACUGUCAGAAUGUGGAAAAUAGAAAUGCAGGCAGCAUCUGCAGUGAGAGUUUUCCCUCAUCCUUCAUUUGUUUACACUGCAAAGUACCACCCGAUUGCUGACUGGUUGGUGGUGACAGGAUGUUACGAUUCAAUGAUUAGAAUCUGGAAUGCAAACGUGAAAGAAAUCCAUGGGCAACUGCUGCAGGAGCUUGAUGGUCAUCAAAGUUUCAUCAACACACUUUGUUUUGAUGCAGAAGGACUCCACAUGUUCUCAGGAGAUAGUUCAGGACUGAUAAUAGUUUGGGAUACAUGUGUCAAGGGAAAUUCUCAACACCUGUUUCAACACUGGAGGAUUAAUAAGGAAAUAAAAGAAAAUGAUAUUAAAGGAACACCUAUAAAUCAUUUGGAGGUGCAUCCAAAUGGAAGACGUUUGUUAAUCCAUGCCAAAGACAGUACCCUGAGAAUCAUGGAUCUCAGAAUCUUGGCUACAAAGAAAUACAUAGGUGCCACAAAUUACAGAGAAAAGAUUCACAGCACCCUAACGCCAUGUGGUACGUUCCUCUUUUCUGGAAGUGAAGAUGGAAAGGCUUAUGUUUGGAAUCCAGAAACAGGAGAUCAGGUGGCCAUAUAUUCUGAACUCUCCUUCACGUCUCCGCUUCGUGAUGUUGCCUUUCAUCCACAUGAACACAUGGUGUCAUUUUGUGCCUUCGGUCAAAACCAGUCAAUUCUGGUAUACAUUUAUGAUUAUAAAGUUGCACAACAGGAAGCUGAACUUAUAAAAGAUCUCAGUUCAUCACUUACCACAGCUGCACCGAGAGGGCCACAGCUCUUCAGCAGUUUUUCUGAAAUUCCUACACAAAAAAGUUCAGUGAUGUCUCCAGCAGAUCAGUUCGUCAGUGUUGCAAGGACAUCAAUGAGAAUGCAGAAGGUGAAACAAAAACUUGAUUCUGUUAUGACGAGCUCAAAUCUCUUGCUUCCUGCACCAUCAUUGCUGACACCACACUCCAAGCUAAGACUGCCAGGCACUCUGGGCACGCCACUGAAUCCUCUGCGUUCUUUCACCAGUAAAAGUG